AUGUACCAGCACAGUUUCAUUACCAUGUGGUUCGGAGACUAUGUGUAUAACGGCUACCAUCCUAGCAGCAUCACUCACUACUACUGCCCCGACAACCACAACUACUUCUCCAACCACCGUGACUGCUGCUCCUACCACAACAACCAUGGCUCCAACCACCACAACUGCUGCUCCAACUACCACAACUGCUGCUCCUACCACAACAACCAUGGCUCCAACCACCACAACUGCAGCGCCAACUACCACAACUGCUGCUCCAACUACAACAACUGCUGCUCUAACCACUACGACUGCUGCUCCUACUACAACAACUGCUGCUCCAACCACCACAACUGCUGCUCCUAUCACAACAACCAUGGCUCCAAGCACCACAACUGCUGCUCCAACUACCACAACUGCUGCUCCUACCACAACAACCAUGGCUCCAACCACCACAACUGCUGCUCCAACUACAACAACUGCUGCUCCUACUACAACAACUGCUGCUCCAACCACCACAACUGCUGCUCCAAUUACCACAACUGCUGCUCCAACUACAACAACUGCUGCUCCAACCACCACAACUGCUGCUCCUACUACAACAACUGCUGCUCCAACCACCACAACUGCGGCUCCAACCACCACAACUGCUGCUCCAACUACAACAACUGCUGCUCCAACCACCACAACUGCUGCUCCUACUACAACAACUGCUGCUCCAACCACCACAACUGCUGCUCCAACUACCACAACUGCUGCUCCAACUACAACAACUGCUGCUCCAACCACCACAACUGCUGCUCUUACCACAACAACCAUGGCUCCAACCACUACAACUGCUACUCCAACUACCACAACUGCUGCUCCUACCACAGCAACCAUGGCUCCAACCAUCACAACUGCUGCUCCAACUACCACAACUGCUGCUCCAACCACCACAACUACCGCCCAACCUACGACCACAUCAAACAGUAGCGCAUCUGAAGUCAGAUUGGGCCUACUCCACCUGCUCCUUGGACUGUUUAUUUUUAUCUUCUAAUUGAUUAAGAGAAGGUACCAAAAUUAUUUUGAUGGAUAACUUAAUCUAUUUAUUUGGGUAUAUCUUGGUAAAUAUCUACAUGUAAAUAUAAGUUAGUGAAAUAAUAUUAUAAUAUUAUUUAUAAAAUCUUUCUAUUUCUUUGUGUUUUGUGUAUGAGGUUUAUUUUUUAUUAUAAUAAAUAUUUAUGAACCAGAAAAACUUAUAUAUUACUUUUAGGAGUACACAAUUUAAUUAACACGGAACACAAAUGUAUUUUC